GUCUCCCGUUACGUCAUCACGCUCGCUCGGACGUUGUUGGACUCUGGACUGUCUGGACUGCACCGGCGGGGAAGUUAGCAAACCAGCUGAGCUCACAAUUUAACAAAGAAAGUGUCCUUCAGGAAGGUAUGUGCAGAUUUAUUCAGCUUCUGUUGGGUUUAUUUGCUCUUUCGCGCGUGUUUGAGUCAUUUAACGUCAGGCUGGCUCUCGUGAUUAGCAGCGAACAACAUACGAGCUAAGUACACUUGCUAAUGCAUGCACGCCCACCAAUGUGACCCAGACUCCGUUUAAUAAUCGGGUAUUUUAAGGUGAUUUUGCUUUUAACGUUUGUAGAAAGAUGGUUCAACUUAUGUAAGUGCAUUAUAUCGUUAAAUUAGCAGGUUAUUAACAUUUCGGCUCAUAUAUAUCACACGGUGCAUUCUGAAUAAAUCGUUUUUGUGUGUUUUUUAAAUGUGAAUGUUAACCGUGUGUUGACCAACUUUGAGCUAGGCAGGAGUGUCCUGUGGAAAACCUUCAGUUUAACAAGGCCGAUAUACACUCUUGAAGUUAUCAGAUAUGUAAUGAUUAACUUAAGUGAGCUACUGAUUAGUAGAAGAUGUUAGUAGGUCCAUUUACCAUCGUAAAACUGUUGGUUUAGAAAUGCGUUUGUCUGUGUUUGCAAUAAACUUGCAUGGGUUAUUCAUGUAAGUCAAAAUGUGUCAUUCAUUUGUUUUGUGUAAGACUAUUUAUUGUCAUGUUAAAAAAGUCGGUGUUUAAUGCUCAAAAUAACCCAAAAAGAAAUCCCGAUUAUAUCAUGUUUUGUUAAAAAUCACACAGUGCAACACUUCACCUUUCCCCUUGAGGUAACAGGUGUGUACAUUCCUGUUAUAUGACACCUUAUCUCCAAGUUUUCUAGGCCAGAUGUGACCCUAACUGACUUUUUCUGUAUUUAAACAAACUGUGCAUUUAUUUGAAGGGCUUGGAGACGAGUAUAAAAUGCUCAUUAAAGGUUUUUCAUGUUGUCCUUCUCUGCAGAUCAGAGAUGUCUCUCACACAAGUGUCCUCCAACAAGUGUGCCGGUGGUUUCCAGAAGGUUUUUGAACAUGAGAGGUGAGAUCUCAGCUAAAGAACUUAGACACACAUGUACACACACAUAGAUAUAACUGUGAAGUUUUGAAUGAAUAUAAGCAUGUGUGUGUGUUCCCUUCAUGCAGCACUGAGCUCAAGUGUAAGAUGAAGUUUGCAGUCCACCUGCCUCCAAAGGCUGAGACUGGAAAAUGUCCCGUCAUGUACUGGCUCUCUGGUGAGUGAGCGAGAUCGUUUUAAAACGUCUCAAAACUUUUAUUCUACAUUGUUGUUUUCUCAUGAACAUUUUCACGUUAAGGACACAUCUCAGUACAUCAGAAUACCUUCAAAAGUUCUGGUUCUGCUCGGGUUUUCUUCUCUGAUGCUCCGACUCCAGCCUGAGGCACCUUGGAAUAAAACUGUGUGUUAUGUUUUUAUGGAGUCGUGAUCAGCCUUCAUGUUGUUUCGCUGAAGGUUUGACGUGUACGGAGCAGAACUUCAUCACCAAAGCUGGAAGUCAAGUUCCUGCUGCAGAGCAUGGCAUCAUCAUCGUGGCUCCGGACACCAGCCCACGUACGGACACACACAUACACACACACACACACACACACACACACACACACACACACACACACACACACACACACACACUCAUAAUUAUUCUUCACAUUUUAAAGAAGCAGUUUUUCUGUCAGGGGCUGUAAAAUGUUCCUUUAAGUCUUUUAGUCCUGAAUCUGAAGUAUGGAGAUUUUUAUUUCUGCUUUAUUUCUUUGUCUUUUUGUUUUUACUGCAGCAGGUUUUUAAAAUUUUUCACAUUCAAACUUCUCAAUAUACUGUUAGUUUGUUGGAUUUACUGGGGUAAGCUGCGCUUUAAGAGAUUAUAAUAAAUUGUCUCUGAACUUUUACAGCCUCUUAUCUCUAAAACGUCUUAUGUUCUCAGAAAAAAAAGCGCCCAGUUUUAAAGUUAACACAGAGAACUUUUUCAGUUAAAAUGGGGGAACUCCCUCAGCUCAGGAGGAUCACUUAUUUUCCUGCAGAAUCAGUUCACCUCCAGGUGGUCAGGGAGGCAGUCACAAACAGUAAUCUGAAUAAAACACCAUUUCCCAUCAUGCAUCAGGUGGCUGUAACAUCGAGGGAGAGGAUGAGAGCUGGGAUUUCGGCACUGGAGCCGGUUUCUACGUCAACGCCACUGAGGACCCAUGGAAGACAAACUACCGCAUGUACUCGUACGUCACCGAGGAGGUGCGUUUGAUUUACGUCCCCUUAGAAACAACAACAACAACAAACACUUUCCAGUUUAAAGUUUGGUUGAUUAACGUCUUUUUCUGCUCCUCUCAGCUCCCCAAACUGAUCAACGCUAACUUCCCCACCGACCCAGACAGGAUGUCCAUCAGCGGACACUCCAUGGGUGGACACGGGGCGCUCAUCUGUGCCCUGAAGAACCCUGGGAAAUACAAGGUGUACUUUAUGUGACUUAGUUUAUCGUUAAAGGGCACAAAGAAAACUCUGUGAGAAGCUUUAGUCGAACAAAAUAAUGACAGGGAAACAAAAGUAAUUACACUGUCUACAAAAAUAUGUCAAUAAAUACCUGAUAUUUUGCAUAAAUUUAGUGCAGCAGUCCUCAAAACUACAAACUCAGAAAAUGGGGACACACACAGUCCCUGAAAACUACAGGAAUAGAAGCCCAUUGGUACUGAAGUGUCUUCAUCACACUGACGUUGUCCUCGUGUGUCCUCAGGCCGUCUCUGCGUUCGCUCCCAUCUGUAACCCGGUGCAGUGUCCGUGGGGUCAGAAGGCCUUCUCAGGAUACCUGGGCUCUAACAGGUCCACGUGGGAGGUAAGAGCUCGGCGGUCUGCUGUCCUCAGGAGAACUGUGAUUAUUACAGUAAUCAUCACGCAGCUGGACUCAUUAGAGGCUGUCAGAGAAGUUCCUGUCGUCAUCCUCCUCCUCCUCCUCACAUCGCUGUCAGACAUGCUCAACGAAUGAAAUCAAAAGUUUUGUUAUUACCUUCUUUAUUGAGUCAGUUUUCAAAGUUUUAACAGCAGCAGUAACCUGUCCUCCUCUUCCUCUUCCUCUCUUUAGGCGUACGAUGCCACCGUGUUGGCGGCGGCGUAUUCCGGUCCUCAGCUGGACAUCCUGAUCGAUCAGGGCCGAGACGAUCAGUUCCUGUCUGCCAGCCAGCUGCUGCCCGAUAAUCUGAUCGCCGUCUGCUCCGAGAAGAAGAUCCCCGUCGUCUUCAGGCUGCAGCCGGUCAGUUCCUGUAGACUUUCAAAAUAAAAGCCCUGACUCUUAGAGAUACACUGCAAACAGAACGGCACAAAAGUUGUCACAUAAUUUUGCUCAGGAGUUAAUUUUUAACUGAAUUGAAAGACAAAUAAAUGCUAAAUAUGUAAAUUAUGAUAUCCAAAGAGUUCAAGUUUGUUUUAUUUUGUCUGAAAACCUCCAGCGGGUCUUAAACUGCAAAUAGAGAUGUUGUGUUUCUUGUUUUGUUGACAGAAAUGAAGUUGAAUCUCCUCAUCUUUAAUAUUUAUGGAGUUAAACUUGAUUUUCUCCGUGUUCGAGAGGCAGCUGUCAGUGACACAGCGCCCUCUUGUGGCCGUACAUGCAAAGCAAACCUUGUGUUGAGCAUCAUUGAAGGAGAAACAGGUUAGAAGGACAAAAACAUGGAUCCUGUGAUGAUAAUGUGCGUCUCCUCCUGCAGGGUUACGACCACAGCUACUUCUUCAUCUACUCCUUCAUGGCCGAUCACAUCAAGCAUCACGCCAAGUACCUCAACGCCUGAACGCAGCUGUCCGCCCGCCGCACACACGUCAGCCCGGUGCACUGAGAGGCUCCUGCCAAAUUGUGAAGAACAUCAUCAGCUGAUCUCCCUGGUAAAUAAAUACAGAGAUGAAGUAAAGAAACAGGUCCUGAUGUUUCAGUCCAGUCAGAACCUGCAGUCUGAGCAGCACUUAACCUGAAGUAAGAACUAAGUCCUCGUUUUAUAUUUAAUUGAUUUAAUUUAAGCCCCAGUUCUCAGACUGUAUUUGUACAACAUGAGAGGAAAUUUCCCCACAAACCAUCAGAGACCACGUGACGUCGGCCCUCUGUCAGGAAACAGUCCCAGCUGUAUUUUUCUGAAUAAAAUCUUCAUUUCAUUUCACAGUUUGGUUCUUUUCACCUUUACACUCAAACAUUUUUACAGCCUCAGCUCCGAGGAUAAAGGUAGUUUAUGUCCUUCACUACCUGUCAGUGAUUUAACGUUAGCGCUCAGCAACUGAUGGAGAGUAGACCAAGAAAAGUAUAAAUUCAGCUCUAAUUAGCAGGAAAAGGUCCGUACAUGUGUUUGGAUAACCUUGUUGGGUCCGUUAGAAGUGGUCCAGUUUUCCUCGUGGUACAAGAGAGAGACGGACCUCCAUCUUGACCCUGAAGCUGAGGGACAGGUGUGGUUUUGGAGCGAGUCCUUUCUGACUGUACGCAGAUUUAAUCAGAGUGAGGAACAUCAUAUGGCUUUUUUAAAAACAUAGAAGAUGAGUCAGGGAAGUAAGAUCACAGAUUCUCCACUAGGUGUCACUCUUCUCCUAACGACUGUGCUCAGAGUCAACACCAGCAGUACGUCAAAAAGAAAUUCAUAGAACUGUGAGCAUGAGAAAAAGUAAAAAUAAAACAAUUAAUGACAAGAUAAAAUUUAAAAAAAAGUCUGGUUUACUUCAUGAGUAACUCAUUUUCUUAUUAAAAGUCGAGUUUGAUGCUUUCAUACUUUUUAGUCAUCUUUGUUGCAGUGUGAAACUUUUGACUUUUAUUCUGCUGAAAGAUCUGAGUAAUUAUUCUUCUGUCCAUUUAGUAUUAAUACAGUGUCUUCUGUUUUUACAAACUAAUCUUAAAAUGCUCUAAAAAGUUUAAUUUGCACAUCAGAAAAAGAGGAAAAUAAAACUGAAGCUUUAAAACAACAAAAACAUGCAGGAAAAUAAGAAGAAUGAGUGAAAAUGGAAAAAAAACUGUGCAGAUUGAAUCUUUUGUGUUCUAAAUAAAACUGAACCCACUUCAGUGACUUUAUUAGAGGCAGACCUCCAUGAUUUGACCUUUCAAACCCGAGCCCGCUCCGAGGCAGACGGGUGGCCGCCGUCUGUAACGUUUGACAUUUGAGGCUCAGGAAGGGACUUUUCUGAGUAAACAUACAGAUUAAACACAAUCAUGACGACCUCAGAGAAAAUCAGGCUUUACUGACGAUCUGCUGAUUGAACGUUUGAUUGAUUUACUAUAGCAGGGCCCUGUCGAGUGUGGUUCUGAGUACUGAAGGGAGCCUUAGUGUGACAAACUACUAACAGUUAAACUGAGACUCACCAGAAACAGAUAAACAGACAUUUAUCACCAGAUGAAAUGACCCAGAAGAUAACUGUUUAAUGUGCAGACGUGUGGAGAGGGGGGUUUGGUUAUUUCCUCAUGUUGUUAAUUGGAUAAGAAAUAAUGAAGCACCAUACUAUACUAUACAAUACUACACUAUACUAUAAUGUAAUAUACUGCUUUAAUGUAAUAUACUAUGCUAUACUAUACUGCACAAUAAUGUCAUAUUGUAUACGUCAAUACUAAACUACACUAUUCUAUAAUUAAUAUACUAUACUGUACUAUAAUGUAAAACUAUUCUAUACUAUACAAUACUAGACUGUAUUGUACUAUAUUAAACUAUAUUAUAAGGUAAUAUACUAUACUAUACUAUACUAUACUAUAUUAUACUAUACUAUAUUAUAAUGUAAGAUUCUAUACUAUACUAUAAUGUACUAUACUAUACAAGACUAUACAAUACUAUACUGUACUAUACGGGACUAUACUAUAUUAUAAUGUAAUAAACUAUACUAUACUGUACUAUAUUAUACUAUACUGUGUUAUAAUGUAAUAUACUACUAUUCUAUACUAUAAUGUACUAUUCUGUGCUUUAUUAUUCUAUACUAUACUAUAAUAAUAUGUAAUAUACUAUACUCUACUAUAAUGUAAUAUACUAUACUAUUCUCUAAUGUACUACCAUACCAUCAUGUAAUAUACUAUAUUACACUGUCAUGUAAUAAAGUAUAUUACUAUACUAUAAUGAAAUAUAAUAAUGCAGCACUUGGAAAAGGAAGGAUGGGCUGAGAGUGGUUUACUCUUGAGUCCUGGACGGACCAGAUUCACCCCCACAGGUUAUUUAUCAUCUUCAGGUCACAGCUGAUGAAUUCUGAGUUUGUCAGUUUUACCACCAUGAGAAUAAAUAUGAGAGUUUAUAUGAGAGUCAGAGACAAAUAUAAAGCCAACAUCCUCAUGACUUUAUUCUUCACAUAUCCUGAUUUUAGUUUGAACAUGAACCAUAACAGAUCACCCUCGGUUCCCCUCUCUGUACACACAGAGCUGAGCCUGUGGUUAAAAACGGCACAAACACUGAAUAAAACAGUUUCCUCUAAUUAAAUCUGUUUCCCAAAC